GGGGUUUUUUACACAUGGGAAAAAUAUUACGUGAGACCGCUGAUGUAAGGCGACGUUCGUCUCUGCAGACAAAUCCAUCGUUCAUUAUUAUAGGUAGGCUAUUAUACAUGGGAGAAAACAACAGCUUUGACUAUAUAUAAUUUGUAUACCUGCCAGUGUUGUUUCAAGCCAAAGCGCAAAACAAAGAAAUGUAAUUUGAAGCGAUAUAUUUGCAUCUCGUUUACGACAUCGAUAUUUCUCUUAAACUGAAGGAGGAAUAUUGAAGCAAUAUUAUCUUCCUGUGUAUACCCGAAACUCAAUCCACAAUGUAAAAUAUGCGACAACUAUCUUCAACUAUAUUAUACUCAAAGGAAUUUUCAAAGAAUGUAACCUAAACCGUUUUGCAGACGCCAAAGAAUAAAUAAUUUAUACCCAAAUAUCAUUAAAAUAUUUCCUCCCGUCAAUGUCCUGCAAUGAGAUUUUUCGGUUGCCUACAGGUUAUGACAAAUACAUUUGCACCUUUCAUAUUUUGAAUGUACAUAAAUCAGGAUUAAAAACGCAAUGCCAAAUAUUUUCAUUUGUAGUAUAAUACAUAAUGCGUGCGUUAUUAAAACCAAAAAUCGUCAAAAAUAUAUUUAACAAUGAAAUGUGUGCUGAAUUUGAGCAGUAAUUAAAAUAAUUUUAUUAUCAUUUUUUAUUGUUCCAUAAGCAUGCGCACUCCCGUUUUCUUUAACAAUAAUUACAAUUGGUGUUGUACUGUUGCAGUUUAACUGGAUUGUGAUUAAUUGUUACUCCAACUGUUGUUGAAUAUAAUUAGGUCUAAUAUGUCAUUGUUGACUAUUGUGUUGUUUUUGCUUUGCAUUCUUCUGCCCAUUUGUCUAAAUUUCUACAGUAACAGAGCACAUAUAUUCGACAGAUUUUCAUACAUGCAGCUCAAAACUACAAACAAACCUACAUUUAUAUGAAUGCCUUAAAGAUACACGUUACAAUUAGCCUACAACGCGCAAUGUCUUUCAAUAAACAUGAAAAUUAUUUUUUAAAAGAAGUUAAAAAUAUUUGAAGGAUGCAAAUGUGAAAAUUAUAAAAUACUUUUUCCGAAUUCUUCAAAGAUGUCGCUGACCUUUAUGGGAAAUGGAAAUGAGCAUAUUGAGGAUCGCGUGCGGAUUUGAAUAUUUAAAAUACAAGUGAGUCGUCUGCAGCGAGGCGCACAGCGUUUGCGACCACAGCGCACUCUAUUCAAAUUGGCUGACUGAUUUCUCGCGUUCAUCAAGCAUGUAAUUCAGCUCAUUCAAAAUAAAAUCAGUGGCAUUUUCGAACAAACUGCGACGACUCCAAAAUGUGUCGGCAUAUGCAUUAGACAAUAUGUAUAUUCUGAGGGACAAUAUUCGCGCCCGAUGUUUAACAAUGAUUUGAUUCUGUUUCAAAUUUCCCUGUGAAUUCAUGAAUUUGCAUCGUUUCUGUGUGUUUUUUAAGCGCACUAUGCGUUGGCUUGAAUGAAUGCAGCAACACGAUCAUCUUCGUCGAUGUAAAAACUGUGGUUAAAACUCGACCAAUAGCAUAAGGAUCAAGCCAAACAACAGGCUAUUUAUUGUCUAGUAAAGCGUUCAGCUGAUAAAUGUCACUGCUUGCCCGUUUUAUUACACUGUACCUCGUUUCACCCAAGACGGCGUAGACAGUGACGUAACGGUUUGGAAGCGCGCCCCCCAGCUUGCUCGGUCGUUCGCGCCUCCCUCCUUCCCUCCAUCCUUCCAUCCUUCUCAGUGCGCCUCCGCUUCUGCGAAAGGAAUUAGCGGGUGCUGCGUAGAAUAUCAUUCCAUCUUUUAGGAUUAUCGACCCCCGAACAAUGCAAACUAGAAGAUCAGCCCGGGGACAGGGAAAGUGCAAUUACUGACAGUGAAGGAACUCCGUGUCUUCUAUAAUAACCGGGAUGUGGGCUGUGCGACAAUGUGAAUCCCGCAGUUGAAACCUGGAGAUCAUAGCAAUGGAUUUCUUUAUGUGUUUAUAAAGGCAUGUGGGAAUGAAGAGCGUUCACGUUUAUCACCAUUUGUGCAUUUUCAUCAUGGAUUUUUUCUUUUCGUACUCGACUAAAGGCAUCAACAACAUUGGAGGAAUCUUGAAAUAAUUAUGAAUACAUGCAGGUAAUUCUGAUUUACCCACUACCUCAGAUCGUCAACAUUUGAUUAAUUAUGGGCGUCCCCAAGAGUGGUUUAAACGGCGCCCGGUACACGGGAAAGUUUCUUGGCGAAAGGCCUCUCAGCGAACAUCAAAAGGACAAUAUUUGCAUGGGAUUCAUUUGAAGAAGUAAGAGCGAAGAAUUUCGUUCCCAGCUUUUGAAAGGUUAGUGAACUGCAGUCCCGGGGUCGUAACUAGCUUACACUUCGCGUGUUCGUUGGAAUUAAAAGAAAUCUAACAUUCGACACCUCUUUGGAAGUUUGAUUGGAAUAUUCCUACGUACAAGACGUCAAGAUAAAGGAAAAGUGGCCGAACUCAGCAGUUUCGGAGCUGGAGAAGGCAUAUUGUUAUGCAAGCGGAAUUAUUUUUCAUAAGUCAGAAAUGAAGGAGAAGUCCAAGAAUGCAGCGAAGACAAGACGGGAAAAAGAAAAUGGAGAAUUUUACGAACUGGCGAAAUUAUUGCCACUGCCGUCGGCCAUCACUUCGCAGCUGGAUAAAGCCUCCAUCAUCCGACUGACCACCAGUUACUUGAAGAUGAGGGCCGUCUUCCCCGAUGGUCUCGGAGAGGCCUGGGGGCAUCCCAUCCGCGUCAGCCCCCUGGACAACAUGGCGAGAGAGCUGGGGUCCCAUCUCCUUCAGACCCUGGACGGCUUCGUGUUUGUGGUGGCCUCAGACGGCAAGAUCAUGUACAUCUCGGAAACGGCUUCCGUCCAUCUGGGCUUGUCACAGGUGGAGCUGACGGGAAACAGCAUCUUUGAGUACAUCCACCCGUCGGACCAUGACGAGAUGACGGCGGUUCUGAGUGCCCACCAGCCCCUCCACCCGCACGUCUUGCAAGAAUACGAGCUGGAGCGCUCCUUCUUCCUGCGGAUGAAGUGUGUGUUGGCCAAGAGGAACGCGGGACUUACCUGUGGAGGUUACAAGGUGAUCCACUGCAGCGGCUACCUGAAGAUACGGCAGUUCGUGGUGGACAUGGCGCUCUAUGACUCCUGCUACCAGAUCGUGGGGCUGGUAGCAGUGGGCCACUCGUUACCGCCCAGCGGCAUCACAGAGAUCAAGCUGCACAGCAACAUGUUCAUGUUCCGUGCCAGCUUGGAUCUCAAGCUCAUCUUCCUGGACUCACGGGUGGCAGAGCUGACAGGCCACGAGCCGCAGGACCUGAUAGAGAAGACCUUGUACCACCACGUGCACGGCUGUGACGUGUUCCACCUGCGAUAUGCACAUCACCUGCUGCUGGUGAAAGGUCAGGUGACCACCAAGUACUACCGGCUGCUCUCCAAGCAUGGCGGCUGGGUGUGGGUGCAGAGCUACGCCACCAUCGUCCACAACAGCCGCUCGUCGCGGCCGCACUGCAUCGUCAGCGUCAACUACGUCCUGACAGAUGUUGAGUACAAGGAUCUGCAGCUCUCGCAGGACCAGAGCAGUGGUGCCAAGCCAGGUCUGGCUUUCAAGAGCAGCCUGGCUUCACCUCAGGACUCCCGCAAGCAGCUCAAAGCCAAAGCCAUCAAGAUUAAGACCAAACUGAAGAGCGCCCCCUAUCCCCAGCCAAACAGCUCGUUCAAUCAGGACAAAACAGAGCGCCCCCCGCAGGCCUGGAGCUGGAAGGAGAGCCCUCCAUACAGCCUGACCCCCUGCCAGGAGCAGAGUCCCACGCCAGAGGCCGGGGCCGAGGUGCUCUGCAGCGCCCCUUAUGGACUGGCCUUCCCCUAUGCGUACAGUCACUUUGCUGCUGAACCAGCCGCGCUGGGCGGACGGAAGCCGCGGCCGGGACAGAGCCCCCCCUGCCAGCUCCUGGGCCCACUGCAGCCACACGGCGAAGGGCGGUGGGGCUGCGCCAAUGCCCGCUCUGCCAAGCCCCUGCACGGGCAGGCACUGAGCAGCUCCCCCCUCCCCCACACCGCCACAUAUGCAGGGCCCCUGGCAGGCCGGAGGUACGUCAGCGACCCCACCCUCGAAGACUACACCGGCUGUGCCCCCUCCAGACCCAACAGCCGGUUCAAAGAGGAGCCCUUUGACCGCAGCGCACUACACCAGAGCAAGGCGGAGGCCGGGCUGCACGUGGCUAAGGGUGAUGCCAAGAGCCCUGUGGGGGCCGCCGAGAAGGCCCCCCCCGGGCUGGACAGGGCCAGCUGUGAACACCUAAAGCCCCUGCAGGGCCUGGGCGCCCACCUGCCCAUGCAGGUCAUGCUGGAGCAGAGGCGGAGGCUCUGCCUGAUGGAGUCGCAGUAUGGCCACCUGGGGACGGAGCAUGCGGACAGCAACGGGGACCGGGAGACCCCCGAGCUCAUGGAGCAGCCGCAGGGGGGUGCGGGUCGGGCUGAGGAGGAGCCGAGGUCAGGCUUUGCCGGGGUGGGCAUACAGAACCAGGCCCCAUACGUGUCCCUCAACUUCCACCACGUGCUGACCAAGCAUGGCUCCUUGCAGGGGACACCCAACACGCUGGCGGGACACUUAGCUGACGGCUACAGCUACCGGGGAGAGCAGAUGAACCCUUACGCUUACAGGGACCAAAGUCCCCCCUCCUCACCGGAGACCCACAGAGAGAUCCCCCAUUACAUCGGCACCUCCGUCAUCAUAUCCAAUGAGAGGUGACACCCCCGGGACUCACAGGACACAAAGAAAAGAAAAAAAAUGUCCCAGAGGCGCCAGGACUGACAACAGACCUGACACACGGAGAUUCCCAGUGGACACCCAGCUGUCAGGGUGGCACGCCAGUAUUACCUACCUACAAAGGGAACAAACUCUAGUUUCAGGGGUUUUUGUUUUUUGGCCUGAAUACAUUAUAUUUUUGCAAACUAUUUAGCAGUUAAUAUAUCAGUGUCCUGCCCUAGUUCUAACAGACUUUUCUAAUAGACAGAUAAUUAUAAAAUUACAAUAAAUAAACAUUCCAGUAAACACUCCUUUAAGAUGAUGAAAGAGGGUAUGUGGCAGAUAAACUCUGGCUGAACUGUCUCUCUGAAUUAAAGCGUGAUUUGUUACGGGCCUUUUCAACAUGGGAACGAGCAGGUAUACUUACCAUUUUCGUACAGAAUCGACUCCUUUCCUACCAGAGGUGGGAAGGUUGCGGUAAACUUCCUGCGACUACUGCAAUUUUUUUUUAAAGUUUGUUUGCACCUUGCAUGCUGGGCCCUCAGUAUCCUUGCUGUAUUGCAGCCGUACCGCCACCUUGUCAGCAAAUCAAGCUGCUGAAUCAAGUAACCUCAAACACGACUCAACCGUGGAAACAACCCUCUGUUCUCCACAUAAAGCUGUACUAAACCCACAAAGUGUUUUUUUUUUAUUUUACACAUUGUUUUGUAUUUUCACAUUCAUUUAAAUAAACCCCAAGUUUAGUAGCUGUUUUGUACAUCAUUUUUAAAACAUGCUUUAUUUUUUGAUGGCAAAUCAUGAAAGAAACAGUGGAUGAGGAUAAUGGCUAGCACUGAUGUAAACAGCAUUAACUGCGACCCGGCCCAGAAGCUGCAGUGAUUCCAAGCCAUGAUGCUUUUAUUUCACCAUCACAGAGCAAAACCCAGGAGUACUCUCAGGUUGAAAACAACAAACGUAUGUAUUUAUUCUUGUACGGCACUUAGCGGUUUGCUAAUUGAUGAUUGUUAAUGUGCAUAAUAAAGGAUAAAUGACCUGGUUAUGAAGAGGAUGGUGGUACAGCUGGAUUU